CCUGGGUACUAUUGUGUAGUACACGGGGAACUCGUAGAUCGAUGUGGUGGGAGGCUAUAAGCAUUUAGAAAACUGAAAGUUCUAGCUUAAGUGAAUAUACAUCGGCUAGUGUGUCGAGUUUGACUUGUUUAGUAGUGCUACCAGAAAUAUGGAGCUCGUUUCGCAUCUCAUUAAAGUGUCUGUGCCUAAUUAUUUGGCAGGAUUACCAAUUCCAGAUUCAAUUGGAGGAUGGUUUCGACUUGGGGUGAGAGAUUGGGCUGCUUUAAUUCCACCAACAGCCCUGCUAGCUGGUUUCAGUUAUAUGACUUAUCGGGCAUUUUGCCCUCAUGGCAGACCUCCGCCCAGCAAGUCCAUAAAUUCUAAAAUUCAAAAACAUAGUAAUAAAGUCGUGGAUACCAUUGAUGUGGAGGACAUAACCGAAAAAGCUGUAUUUUGUCGCUGUUGGAAAUCUGAAAAUUGGCCUUAUUGUGAUGGAUCCCAUGGAACUCAUAACAAGGAAAACUGUGAUAAUGUUGGACCACUUGUCGUCACAAAGAAGAAGUAAAUGUAAGCAAAUGGAACAAUAAAUCUUAUAAUACAGAUUUAA